AUUUGCUUGGUCCUUUCGGAUCCUCCGAUUUCAUACAGCAGGCUGCUUGCCAUCACAUCGGCACACUGCAAGGGCCCAAAGAGGACCUCCAACUUCGGUAUGCAGGCCUCAUUCGAUGCUGGAUGUCUUCUCAGCUUGGGCGCUUUGAUGCGAUUAGCAGCAGCGGCUCUGAAUUAUGAGAUCUAUUGCAUCCUUGACGGCUCACCCUCAAAUGUACCGAGCAUCACAGAACUGUCGGACCACACCGGGCACUACGGAACUUAUCGGUUUUCAAUCAGUCUCGCUUCUGUGAUAUUCAGUGAUCUAUGCUGCUACCUCGUGCUUUCACAUGCGACGAGCCACGGACCAUUCGCCUCCCAUUUUCAAGGGCUAUUGGUGGCCAGCUGUUUUUUGGAUGUGCUACAGGCACUGACGACAAGUUUCAGAUACCACUACCUUCCCAUCCAGCUCGCAGGCUUUUCGAUGUGCCUGACAUUGCUCGGAACUCUGCAGCUGCUGUGGCCAAUCAGCUCAUGCAAGGGGGCCCUUCGAGUUGCGGCCGUGCUCUUCACCAUACUCUGUGUGGACUUGUUGGCAGUGGCUAUCUUGCACAAUCACUGGGCGGCUCCAAGGUCUUUGCCUUCUUGGACUUCUCUAGAGUAUUUGGGCCUGGCAUUGUAUACGGCAGUGUUGGUUGUGAUUAGCUACGCGCUGCCCCCAGCUUUGGUGAAAUUUGACUGCCCCCCGCACCUUGUUCCGCUGGAAUGUGGCAAGUCCUUGCUGCUGCAGCACCAGAAGCGCAAAACCCACAAGUGACAAAAGAGGCUUUCUGUCACUGGCUGAGCCACCUCUGAAGUAGAGAGCAGAGUCAGCAAAGUGCAAAGCGAGGAAAAGGUGUUUCGAAAAGCCCUUGCUGCCUUGGAUUCUGGUGCCGU